UCGUACGAUCUGGUGUGUUGUGCUCAAUUCUUAGCGAAAAAAGAACAUGGUUCCAUAUGUGCAACUAAUUGCCACUAAAUUGUAAUUAAACUAAUGGCCAAUACUUUUGGUUGACAUGAAUAUAAAGUAAAAUCUAGUGAAAAGACAAGAUAGAAGUGAAAAGAAAAGCAGGAAAAGUGCAGGCCUGUUGGAUUGAUGACGAAGUUUCGUGUGCGGCCGCCUGCAUUUUGAUGUUCAGCCUUAAUUUUGUGCUUCCUGUGAAUUAACGAGAAAAAAUACGCGUGUAAAAGGAGAGGAAUAUAUUCAUAUAAAUAAAUAUAUGUAGAGAGAGGGAGAGAGACUGCGAUCAACAAGUGGAAACCGUCAAACUUUCUUCGCAAAAGCCGGCUGAACAUCGUGGAAGAAGAGGAAGCAGAAGAAACAGACACAGAGGAGAGGCAAUAAUUCCGUUGGAUUUUCUGGAAUCUCUUUGCAUCGUUUCAUCGUCCAACAUGGCUUUCAAACUUUGGCUAAGUGAGAUUUCCUGGCGGCUGUUGAUCAGGAAAGCCGCCUGGAGGAUGCGUUUCUGCUUUGAUAGGCUGUGCUUCGCAACCAAGCGGCCAGCCCAGAAUUCGAGUAGUAAUCCCCCACCUGGAAAUGCACCCAACGGUGGAACCACACCACCAGACACCACCGAUGCAGCAGCACCACAACCACAACCAUUAGAUACAGCACCACAAGUCAGUGAUCUGUUCUACGCCGACUACCAGAAGCUGCAGCCAGCGAUAAUCGAUCGCGAUUGGGAGCGGGACAGAGACCGGGAGAGGAUCAGCGAGGCCAGGCCACCGGACAUAGACCCGGAGAUACCAGAGAGUCCAUCGUCACACUUACAGAUACAGAUACAGAGUCCGAGUGCGGAUCCGAAUCCGAAUCCGAAUCCAAUUCCGAAACAUCGCUAUCGCCGGCACAGCAGUGCCGAAGAUCAGAAGACGAGGCGAACCGAGUCCACAUCGGAGACGAUACGAAAAGCAGCCAGUAUGCAGCAGGAGCCGAAUGCCAACUAUCAGUUCCCAACUGACCUGGGUCUGGUGAGCAUCAGUGUCAACAAUAAUAAUAAUAAUAACAACAAUAAUAAUACCGGCGGACUGCCCACUGUCAAUCACAACAAUAAUAACAACACCAACAGUCUAGUUGGCGGCAUUGUGACCUUGCCAACACCCGGCGGUGGUCUCAUUGGUCUCGAGCAUACGGCAACGGGUCUCCGGUUGAUCCCAGCACCGCCACCAAAUUCGGAUGUGCUGACACAUACACUGAUAUACGGCACACCACCAUCGGGCACCCAGCAGUUGCAUCAGGAUCCCAGGAGCUUGCUGCAUCAACAGGAGCUACAGUUGCAGCAACGCUACCAGCAGCUGCAACAGCUUCAGGCCCAGACCCAGGGUCUGUACACCAGCCAGGGUAGUCCGGUGCUGUAUCACCAACAGCCAAGUCCCAGCCAGAAUCAGAGCCAGAGUCAACCGGUGGCCAUACCCGGUGCCAUUGCCAACGUAUGUCAUUCGCCGACGCAGCUCCAGCCUCCGAAUACCCUUAAUCUCCAGCAGCAGAUGCAGAGCCUAAGGAUCUCGAGCGGUGGAGGCUCGGGAGGAUCGGCCACACCGUCGCCGGUGGGCAUGAUGCCAGCUCCUGCUGCCGGUGAUCCCAGCCUCAUGAUUAUGAGCAACUAUGUGGCCGCCUCGCCACAGGAGGAGCGAUUCAUUCAGAUCAUUCAGGCCAAGGAGCUUAAGAUACAGGAAAUGCAACGUGCUCUACAGUUCAAGGAUAAUGAGAUAGCCGAGCUCAAGUCGCAUUUGGACAAAUUCCAGAGCGUCUUUCCCUUCAGUCGAAGCAGUGCAGCGGGCUGUGCGGGCACGGGAAGCAGUGCAGGAGGUUCAGGCGGUGGAUCUGGAAGUGGGAGUGGUGCCAGUGGUCCCAGCACAGCCACCGGAGCCACCCGAAAGUCUGGACAGAAUUUCCAAAGGCAGCGUGCUUUGGGUAUCUCAGCGGAACCACAGAGCGAGUCAUCUCUGCUGCUGGAACAUGUUAGCUUUCCCAAAUAUGACAAGGAUGAGCGCUCCCGUGAACUUAUCAAGUCUGCCAUUUUGGAUAAUGAUUUCAUGAAGAAUCUGGAUCUGAUGCAAAUACGUGAAAUUGUCGACUGCAUGUACCCCGUCAAGUAUCCAGCCAAGAAUCUAAUCAUCAAGGAGGGCGAUGUUGGCAGCAUUGUCUAUGUUAUGGAGGAUGGCCGCGUUGAGGUAUCCCGCGAGGGCAAAUACCUUUCGACCCUUUCGGGUGCCAAGGUCCUGGGCGAAUUGGCCAUCUUGUACAACUGCCAGCGAACGGCGACCAUUACAGCCAUCACCGAAUGCAACCUGUGGGCCAUCGAGCGGCAAUGCUUCCAGACCAUCAUGAUGCGAACGGGCCUGAUCCGCCAGGCGGAGUACACUGACUUCCUCAAGAGUGUUCCCAUCUUCAAAGACCUGGCGGAUGACACGCUCAUCAAGAUCUCUGAUGUCUUGGAGGAGACGCAUUAUCAGCGCGGUGAUUAUAUAGUUCGCCAGGGAGCCCGAGGCGAUACCUUCUUCAUCAUUUCAAAGGGCAAAGUGCGGGUUACGAUCAAGCAGCAGGACACCCAGGAGGAGAAAUUCAUUCGCAUGCUGGGCAAGGGUGAUUUCUUUGGAGAGAAAGCCCUGCAGGGCGACGAUUUGCGAACGGCUAAUAUUAUUUGCGAAUCCGCUGAUGGCGUCAGCUGUCUGGUCAUUGAUCGCGAGACCUUCAAUCAGUUGAUUUCUAAUCUGGAUGAGAUCAAGCAUCGCUAUGACGACGAAGGCGCCAUGGAGCGCAGAAAGAUCAAUGAGGAAUUCCGUGACAUUAACCUUACCGAUCUACGUGUGAUUGCCACCCUUGGUGUCGGUGGCUUUGGCCGCGUGGAGCUGGUCCAAACCAAUGGCGACAGCUCCCGCUCCUUUGCCCUGAAGCAAAUGAAGAAAUCCCAGAUUGUGGAGACACGACAGCAGCAGCACAUCAUGUCCGAGAAGGAGAUCAUGGGCGAGGCCAAUUGCCAGUUUAUUGUGAAGCUCUUCAAGACCUUCAAGGACAAGAAGUACCUAUACAUGCUCAUGGAGAGCUGUCUGGGUGGUGAACUCUGGACGAUACUGAGGGAUAAGGGUAACUUUGAUGAUGGCACCACCCGGUUCUACACCGCCUGCGUGGUGGAAGCCUUUGAUUAUCUGCAUUCGCGGAAUAUAAUCUAUCGGGAUCUGAAGCCAGAGAAUCUGUUGCUCAAUGAACGCGGGUAUGUGAAGCUCGUGGACUUUGGCUUUGCCAAGAAACUGCAGACUGGCCGAAAGACGUGGACAUUCUGCGGAACACCAGAGUAUGUGGCUCCGGAGGUGAUAUUGAAUCGGGGUCAUGACAUCAGUGCGGAUUACUGGUCACUGGGAGUGCUCAUGUUUGAGCUACUGACGGGAACCCCACCCUUCACCGGCUCGGAUCCCAUGCGCACCUACAACAUUAUACUUAAGGGCAUCGAUGCCAUUGAAUUCCCCAGGAAUAUCACACGGAAUGCCAGCAACCUGAUCAAGAAGCUGUGUCGCGAUAAUCCCGCCGAGCGUUUGGGCUACCAACGUGGCGGCAUUAGCGAGAUCCAGAAGCACAAAUGGUUCGAUGGCUUCUAUUGGUGGGGCCUGCAAAAUUGUACCCUGGAACCACCCAUAAAGCCCUCGGUUAAGAGCGUAGUGGAUACGGGCAACUUUGACGACUAUCCCCCCGAUCCUGAGGGUCCGCCGCCAGAUGAUGUCACUGGUUGGGACAAGGACUUCUAGAGGGUAAUCCUCCCAGACGAUGCUCUCUAAAAGGCUUCUGCUACAAGCAUUAAAUGAGGAGAAAUUGAUCUUAAGUGCGCCAUAUAUGUACGCCAAAGCCAAUAGCAACAGUCAGCAGCUCGGAAACCCAGAAAAAGCUGCCCACAAAAAAAAACAGAAAGUAGCAGUCGCAAGGCCAAGGGCUUAAACAUAAACCAUCGUCUUGGCCCUUUUUAGAUUUUAGACAUAUAUAUGUAUACGUCUCCGUGAUGUUAUCCCCCAUGAUGAUGUGCAACGCAAUGAAUUUAUUAACGAGUUUAUAACUAUUAUUUUGUAAUGAAGAGGAAGAGGAGAAAGGAAUUGAUAUAACUUGUAAGUAGGUCCUCUGUUAGCCAUGUGCAUUGUAUAAAAUUCUUUCUAUUCGUAUCUAUUAAAUAUUAUUAACAUAAUUAUUAGGAAUCAUUGUUAUCACGGUUGCCUUAUAGUCUGUAAGAACAUUUUUUAAAGCAACAUCUGACCGCAGAUUGUCUGUCAUAAAACCCCAAAAAACAUUUGUUAAAGCUCCUAUCUAGCCUCUCUUCUAUCUUUCAUUAGUCUUAGCGUGUCAUUUUCUAUUAUUUGUACGAAUAAUAUGCCUUUUUAAUUGUCUUUUUAAGUAAAAACCAGUUAGAAAUUGAAUAAACAAAUUUAUGCGAUGAGUA